AANAUAUGAACGGCUCACCCGAUGAUGAACUACUUCCCCCUCUUGCUAGAAGAUUGGACGGCAAGGUGGCCCUCAUAACCGGGGGCGCCAGUGGUUUCGGCGAGAGCACCGCCCGACUCUUCGCCCGCCACGGCGCUCGCGUCGUCAUCGCCGACAUCCAAGACGACAAGGGCCUUUCCCUCUGCCGCGAGCUUUCGGGCCGGGCCUCUUACGUCCACUGCGACGUCACUAAUGAGUCGGACGUGCGCACGGCCGUCGACCUCGCCGUCUCGGCCCACGGCGCCCUCGACGUGAUGUUCAACAACGCCGGCAUCCCCGGGAAGCUCGACUUCGCCAUCUCGGAGGCCGACGGGGAGAACUUCCGGCGCGUGAUGGAGGCCAACGCUUACGGGGCGUUCCUUGGGACGAAGCACGCGGCUCGGGUGAUGGUCCCCGCGCGGAAGGGCGUGGUGCUGUACACGUCGAGCGUGGCGUCGGUGACGGCGGGGGAGUCGCCGCACGCGUACGAGGCGUCGAAGCACGCGGUGGUGGGGCUGAUGAGGAGCGCGUGCGUGGAGCUCGGGAGGUAUGGGGUGCGGGCCAACUGCAUAUCCCCGUGCGCGGUGGCCACGCCGCUGCUGACGGGGGCGAUGGGGGUGGGGAGUGGGGUUGUGGAUGGGAUUAUAGGGGCGUCGGCAACGUUGAAGGGAGUUGUGCCGACUGCGGAGGACGUGGCGGAGGCUGCGCUGUAUUUGGCUGGGGAUGGGGCGAGGUUCGUGAGCGGGGUGAACUUGGUGGUGGACGGAGGGUAUAGUAUUACUAAUGGGAGCUAUAGCCGGGCGAUUGAGAGCGUGUUUGGGUCGCCGCCGUCCUCGUGACCGAUGUUGUUGAGUGAAUGAAUUAUGCGUGAUUUAAUUAGUACUGGUAAUUGGGAAAUAUAAGUUGAUUGGGAUUGAGUUUUUCUGUAUUUCUUUUUCAAAUGGUGAUUUAGUAUUGUCAGCAAACUCAGCACUAAAUAAGUACUAGUACGUAGCGCGUGCGAUGCACGAGACAUAAGUAUUAAAUGAGUUAUUUUCACAUAGCUUGUUCGUUAACUAGCUCGUGCGAUUCACGGGAGAUAUUAAAUGAGUGGACCAUAGGGCUUGUCCGUUCAGGCCUAAAAAAUAAUAGAGUUUGAUCAUCUAUUUUUUUACAUCUUUUCAUCAACGUCAUUUUUUUUGUCGAAACAUUAAACCUGAGUCUGGUAGCGGUAGCCCGUAAAUUAUCUAAUAUAUUAUCUCGCUCACAUGUUUAUAAUAAUAUAAAUUUGAUUUCAUUAUAUAUAUUUAUUCCUUGAUA